AUUUGAUAACGUUAUUCUGUGUCGUCGACCUCAACGAUGGAAGGGGCAUGGCGGGAUGACCACCGCGGCGCGAUUGAAUGCUUGGCCCAUCUCCGCCACAUCGUAUCCAAGUCCAGCAUCAAGGAACCAUUCCAUACAAGCAGUCAUCUGCGAGUGAACAAGUGGGACUCCAUGAUCCUGGACACGGAGAUCCUUGGGCUCAUGAACCACCCUGUCAAGAACAUGUUUGCGUUGUGUCGGCCCGGGUUGAUGGAGAAAUUUCAACCCGAGAUCGACGCCACCAUGCUGGCCAUGCUGUUUGCGUUCUCUGUCGGGAUGAAGCAGCCCACCCCUGGCAUGGCAUUGCAGAACCUGAAGUACGCGUCCUCGUGUUUCACGAGGCACAAGACCAUUCCGCUCUUUUUCCUUUCUGUAGCCAUUCCAUAUGGCUGGAAGCGACUACAGCGCUUGCUUCUGAGCCAGCGAUGGCGAGAAGAUCGAACCAUCGAGGCCGAGGAAAAAUACCAGCGCGUGCUAACGCUCUUGCACCGCAUUGGCACGAUCGUCGCCGUGUGCCAACUCCUGAAUCACGCGGCAUUCUUCAAGUAUGGCCAAUACCGAACCUUGGCCGAACGAUUGGUCGGCAUGCAAUUGCAAAAGGCCAAAACUGUGGCGGUGCAACCCCGGGCCAUUAUGUUUGACUACAUGAACCGCCAAUUGGUGUGGGAUGGUUUCGUGGAGUUUGGGGCAUUUUUGCUUCCCCUGAUAAACUGGAGCCGCCUAUGGCAUGCCGUGAAGCGCUUGGGGGUGGUGGGUUUCCCCAAUGCGAACGCGACUAAUUCCAGUGGUUGUCCCAUCUGCUUGGCGGUGCCUGCAAAGACGCCUUAUCAAACGUCUUGUGGCCACAUAUAUUGCUACUUUUGCUUGCAAUCGUCCGUCGCUGCCCACCCCGACUUUGCGUGUGUCGUAUGUGGCGACCGCUUCGACACGUCUCACCGAGUACUUGGUCGUCCUGGCACGCCAUGACCUUUCGUCCACUUUACUAGUAUUCGCUUCAAUGUACUGUAGGUAAUAAGUACCCCACAACAGUUCAACCACACACUCGGACGCUCCUUCUCUAUAAUUAGACAACGUUUGCAGGAAUCACCACACAUGUCAGCCUAAAAAGAUAUAUCCCAAGUAUUGUC